GAAAUCCAAGGAAAAGGGGAAAAGAGAAGAAGCAGAAGAAGAACAACAAAAGAAAAGAAAACAUCUCUUGCUCUUUCUCUUCUCCCCCUUUGCCUGCAUGUUCCUUUAAAAGGGCAUGGUUAAGUUACUGUUAAAAAUGUGUCGUUAAAAUCAUUGAAUUUGGUGUAUACAAAUCCAUUGGGAAACUGGGACAAGGCCAAGAAAUGGAGGUUCAGCGGAGAAGGCAGUUGUUAUUACUUUGGUCGAGAGUGCAAAGUACCCGUGUGGCUCUUGUAGGUGGAAAUCACACCGCUGCUCGAUUUUGCACUCGCUAAAUUUGCCUCUCUCUAAUGCUUUUUUUCCUCUCCCUCUCGCCUACUAUUAUCUUUAUUUUUUUAACUUUGGUCUGAUCUUUUUAUCUGUUAUUUCUAUUCAAACUUCCUUUAAAAUUUUUAUUUACUUUCUCAUACAAGACCCAUGUCAUCAACAAGUCCAUCAAUGGCUGCCCAAAUGAUUGAUGGAAUCCAAACCAAAUGCCAUAACAAGCACAAGCCUUUACGUUAUGGUGGUGGCUUUAGUUGGCCUGCUGAUACACAUUUGAUAUCCGUCAAGGUCCUUGAUUCUAGGAUUUUUAAGCUUCUCGCUCGCUUCACGGUGAUUGUGGCCUUGAUCAUUGUGUUACUUCCUUGGUCGGGAAUAGUAUCUAUUAUCAAUAAAGAAUCUGCACGCCCUGCUGAUGCAUCCGAGCCUAAAGUAGUCUCAACUGAUUCCAUUAAUCUGGAACUCUUGCCAUUGCUCUUUCAUGAUUUAAACAAGGAAGGCAUUCUGAAACAGGGAGACAAAGGACUAAUGUUAAGCAAUAAUGAUGAAGAGGCCAUUCAUAGUUCUCUGUUCUCGAGGAAAAGUGAUAUGGAAUUCAGUUCUGUCACGGAUUUGGAACGACAAAGCUCAAUUCCCAACGAGUCCUUUGACUUUACCUUCACGCAAAACUUCCGAGCAGCCUCAGAAUUCAUUGAUCGCGCUCUCAAAGUUGGUGGUAUUGUUGCUAUUCAGCUGAGUGGAACCGGAAGGUCCUCCUAUUCAUUCAACAAGCCAUCUAAUUACGAGAUUGUAUACUUCAGGAAAUUCUGGUCAAAUGUUUUGGUCAUGAAGAAAGUUGGGUAUGCUAAAACAAUCUCUAGCACCCAAAGGCGGCUUUUUGGUUACACAUCAGAAGCAAAGAAGGAAGCAUUGAAGAACCUGGAAGAUGUGCUUCUUGAACCACCAAGAGCAGCUUCGAGGAGAUCAAAAACUUACUUAAAGAGAACCAAGUACUUACCAGACUUAUUGGGAGACACGCUUGAAAACUAUCCUCGUCGGGUUUUCAUUGAUGUAGGUUUGCCAGAGAAAGAUGGUGUUAGUGGCACCGAUUGGUUUGCCAAGAAUUACCCAACCAGGAAUCUGAAAUUUGAGACGUACAAGAUUGAGACUGUGACCAAAGAGCCUUCAACCAAGGAGGUGCCAAAUGUUGUACCUGAGAUUGGGAUGUCGGAUUGGCUGAUAAAGAAUGUGAAGGAGGCUGAGUAUGUGGUGAUGAAGGCAGAGGCUGAAGUGGUUGAAGAUAUGGUAAAGAGCAAGGCUAUUAGGUUGGUAGAUGAACUAUUCCUAGAAUGCAAACCUCAAGGAAAUGGUGGAAGGAAGAACAUGGGCAAAAGGGCUUAUUGGGAAUGUUUGGCUUUGUAUGGGAAGCUAAGGGAUGAAGGUGUUGCAGUGCAUCAAUGGUGGGGUUGACAGAGUAAGAUUUUAUCAUUUUAACAAGUAGAGAGAAACGUGUUAUAAUGUGAGAGGGAGAGGUUACCAUAAAACAAGCCAAAAAUAAAGUAGCUUUUUCUUUGUAUUUCAAGUUUGUUUGAUGUAAUUGCCGAGUGUGCGUGUGGUUUUAAAUUUCAUGAUGAAGUUUCA